GCUCGUGCCACUAGCCGUGAUCAGAAAUACCAACUUUUCUAUAUUACGACUCCUAAGGCGCCCGAUGUCAGAUCUGACGGUCAAAGAUGAUUGUUACGUUGUGGAUCAUAGAGAAACUGUCUUAUAGUAUACAAAGGCCGUGAAAAAUAAUAAAACCCGUUUUCACACGAUUGUAAUACCUGAGCUGAAAACCGUAGCUUUUUGAAUUCUAAACCAUUUUUUUUUAACUCUAAACCCUAGUUUUUUCCUGUUAUUGAUCGUUUUAUCUGAUUCAUAGUCUUGAAACUGCAUUGCUCUUUUUCCUUUUUUUGUUUCCAUCAAGAGGGCAGUGCAAAUUCAGUUUUUCUGAGUCUAAACCGUAGAUUUUCUCUGGGAGCCUUGAAUUUAUGGGCCUUCGAACCCCUUGAUGUUGUUUCUGUGCAUUAAUGGCGGAUGAUCAGGGAAGUUCAGAAGAUAAGGAGCUUUUGGUGCUGGAACAGGAAGUGAAGGAAAUGGCUCAAACCAUUAUUCACUACAGAACUACGUUAAUGAAUCCAGAAACCUUCUCAUCACUUCUGGUCUCCAUGAGACCUGCGUUUCUGGCAAGAAACCCUAAUUUACCAGAAGAACCCACUGAAUCAACAGAAAGGCCCAUGACAGUAGAUGAAGAUCCCGAAACUUCAGAGAAAAUAAAGCUGCUUAAAUCUAGGAUUUCUGCAAAUGCAUCAGCAUUGCCCGCCAUUUUGAAGAGGAUGAAAACGAGCCUUGCUAGGAUGGAAGAGCUUGAUAGACAAGAGGGAGGAAGUCCACAUUCUAUCUUCAAAAGGACGACGUGAUUGCGUUCGUUUUCUGCCCCUCUAAUUUGCCAUUUCCACUGUAAUUUAAUGAUCUCAAAAGCUUUUUGCUUUUAAAUUGUAUGAAAUUGUACUUUGUCAUCAGAUAUCAAAAUGUAUGAAAUUGUAGUUUGUCAUCA